UCGAAAUUGAGUGUUUCAAAGGCUACACUAGAAAUGUCGGCAAAAGAAGAAAAUAAGCCAAACGGCGACACUUCAGUAAACUCUAAAGUUCCAGCUUGGGUUAAAGCUGAACUUUUUGAAGACUUUCUGAAGCAAACCAUUCCUGAUUUUAAAGGAAUAAAAAAUUUCAAAGCCUAUCCAGCUUUAGCUGCUGGUGAAAAUUAUGCAACUGUGGUGCUAAGAAUUGAAAUAGAAAUGGAGUUGGCAGAUGAGAAAACUAAAACUGCUUCAUAUAUAAUGAAAGUACGUCAUGCCAAUCUAUUGUUCAAAGAUGCGCCUGUACAGGAACACAAUAUAUUUGAUAUAGAAGCUGAUAUGUAUUUAAAUAUUGUGCCGCAAUUUGAAAGAAUGUACAACGAGGCAGGCGUACAAAUCAAAUUUGGUGCCCAGUGUUAUAAGCUCAAUACUAAAGAAGACUAUGUACUUCUGGAAGAUCUGAGGCCGCGCGACUUUAAGAAUGCAAAUCGUUUAGAAGGUCUGGACUUAGAACAUACCAAAGCCACUCUCAAAAAGUUGGCACAAUGGCAUGCUGCUUCAGCUGUGUAUGUGGAGACGAUAGGAAAAUAUGAUGACAAAUAUCUUGUAGGACAUUUUAGGCCAGACUUUAAAGGUAUGAUGAAACAAGUUACUGAUGGUAUGGCGAAAUCAUUUUUAACAUGUAUGAAAACAUAUGCUGGUCACGAGGAGUAUGAAGAUAGUGUGUUAAAAGUCGCACCUAAGAUGGUAGAUGAACUUUUCAAGUUUAGCAAAAUUGAUGCAAGUGAGUUUAAUGUACUCAACCAUGGAGAUUGCUGGUCAAAUAAUAUUAUGUCUCAAUGGGAUGCUUUUGGUAAAAUCAAAGAAACAUAUUUGGUAGAUUAUCAAAUACCAAAAUAUGGCACACCAGCACAAGAUUUACUUUACUUUCUGUUAUCGUCAACGAAAUUAGAAUUGAAAUUAAGUCAAUUUGAAUAUUUUAUAAAAUACUAUUACGAUAAUUUGAUUGAAAAUUUGAAAUUACUUAAAUAUAACAAACCCUUGCCACAACUCAAGGAAAUACAUGCAAUAUUGUAUAAAUAUGGACUAUGGGGUUACACCACAGCGACUGGUGUUAUGGCAGCAGUAUUGCUGGAUCCUAACGACAAUGCGGAUCUGGAAAUGUUUGUCAGUGAGUCAAAUACGGCUGCAGACUUCAAAAUGUUAAUGUUUUCAAAUGGACGCUAUCGCAAGCAUAUAGAAGCUAUUUUACCAUGGUUAAAGAACCGAGGUGCUUUAGAGUAUUGAUUUGCAGCUACAAUAACUGAAAUGACAACUGAAGUAUUUUGUAUAUUAAGAAUUAUUUCCACAAUACAAAUGCUUUUCA